AGCGUUGAGCACAUGGCAGCCUUUUGUGAACCGGUUUGACAACUUUUCUUUCCUCCGCCGUCAAACGGCGCGUGUCCCCGUUCUAGAUUUUAAUCACCACAGCAUAACUUGGAUAUCGGAAUAAAUUUCGUUAUACCUGUUAUGUCUUGAUAGAAAUGUUUUCCGUGUAGCAGAGGGACAAAAGAAGAAAAAAAACUAAGUGCCCUCGGAUGGGAAGGUUGUCGUGUGUAGCAAGUGUAGCAAGAUGAAGCCUUUUUUUUUCUUCAUGGGUGUACAUAGUUGAUAAGGUAAAAAUAAACCGAAAUUCUGUGCUUUCAAGAGAGGAUCUUUAAGUGAGGAAAAGUGGUUUUCGGUGACACUGGAUCUACCCACAAGCAAAACAGGAUCUUACACCUGUAUCAAUACAACUUUCAUUUACUAGUCGUUCGAUAGUUCGUUAGCAGGUCGUAUAGGUCAGUAAAAAUGGCCGAUUUCGACACGGUCGACUACCAGAACAGUCUACACAGCCGCCAGAGUUCUGCCAGCAGUGGUCACUCCUAUAGCAGCAACAAAGAAAACGGAACCAGUGAGCACCACACAUCGGUGGCCAGCGAAGACCUGUCGUCUGAUGCCAGCGAAAACCAGCUGAUCCUGAGGGACGGGGUGGAGCUGAAGGGGGAGAGCAGGACGGAUGUGACGCAAUCGACUUUUGUGUACGAGAAUAUGGGGCUGGAGCCAACAAACAAAGAUGUAUCUCCACCAAACUCCAAACUGGGUCGAACGUUGUCUGCAGGUCCGCCUGGUACAGCCAAGGCCAAGGUCGCCAAAAGUCCUUUCUCAUCAACCCCCAUAUCACCCAUCGCUGAAGAGGAAAUCACCAUCCCCAACGACGCCACCUCUCCCACUACACCAGCGACCAACUCGCCAACUUCCUCAAGUGCCUGAAGGUCGACGACAGGAUAGUUGCCCACCUGCACAACAAGUCGGUCGAUGGGAAAACGGUUCGCCCGACUCAAAGACUCAGAGCUGGAGAGUCUGGGCAUGAAGAACCCCGUCGUCGUGUACUUCCGGGACAAGAGCAAUGUCAAGGUCCAAGCGGAAGGGGAAAUUCAUGUUGUAGGAGUGU